UAAGACAGCUCUGAGAAUGAAGCACCACUGACAGGAUGUAUUUCUUGCUGCCAGUUAUUCAAAUAUGAAUCCAGAGUUAUAUAUGAAGAAAAGCUCUUCAAAAGAUGAGGCAGGCUGAGUUCAUCCAACUACUGUGAGGUCAAUGGGAGCUUUGCAAUUGACUAAGACAGAAAGAUCAGAAACCACGGAAAUUUAAACAAAUAAAAAGGAACAGAAAGACUUAACAUUGGAAGAGCUUAGACCAGCCACUGUCACCACGAUCAUUGGUACACAAGUGUGAACACUGAACAGAUUGGGAUAGUUAACCACAAAAGCACAACAUGACUUCAGCACUUCUUCCAAACGAAGUACAAUACUGCUUUGAGAAUAUUAAUGGCUCUUGCUAUAAAACACCAUUUUCUUCUGGAAUCCGGAUAACUUUGUAUGUUGUGCUUUGUUUGCUGACAAUUCUUACUCUAGUUGGAAACUUUAUGGUAAUCAUUUCAAUUGCCUAUUUCAAACAGCUUCACUCGCCUACAAAUUUUUUGGUUGCUUCCUUGGCAUGUGCGGAUUUUUGUUUGGGUCUGACUGUGAUGCCCUUCAGCAGUAUAAGAUCUGUUGAAACAUGUUGGUAUUUUGGGGACACAUUCUGUAGAUUCCACAGUUGUUUAGAUGCAUCUUUUUGUUAUUCAUCAAUAUUUCACUUGUGUUUCAUCUCUAUUGAUCGAUAUGUUGCUGUCACUGAUCCUUUGAUUUACCCUAUCAAGUUCACAGUACCUGUUUCAGGCAUGUUUAUAGCUGUUGCCUGGACAAUUUCAUUUGUAUACACUUUUUCUAUUGUCUUCUCUGGGGCUAAUGAUGUAGGGAUAGAAGAAUUUACAAAUGCCCUCUCUUGUGUAGGGAGCUGUCAGCUUGUCUACAAUAAAACAUGGGUGGUUGUAUCUGCUGUCCUUUUUAUAAUACCUUUUUUCACAAUGAUAGCACUUUACAGUAGGAUCUUUGCUGUGGUUAAAAGACAAGCUAGAGUGAUAGAAGCAAUGAACAACACCCAGUCAUCUGAAAAUUACAGUGACAGAGUUGCUAAAAGAGAGAGGAAAGCUGCUAAAAUCCUCGGUAUAGCUGUGAUAGCUUUCUUGGUAUUGUGGACACCUUAUUCUAUAACUGUAAUGACUGAUGCUUUUUUUAACUUCAUAAUUCCACCCCUUGUCUUUGACAUUGUGGUUUGGUUUACUUAUUCCAACUCUGCCAUUAAUCCUUUGAUUUACUCUCUCUUUUAUCCGUGGUUUCGAAAAGCAAUUAAAGUAAUUGUGAGCUGUAAAAUCCUCUGGCUUGACUGUUCAACAAUGAAUUUAUUUCCAGAGUGAAAACCUGUCCAGUCCUGAAUAGAUCUACUCUCAUCAUAUUUCAUAGUCAUCACCCUUUUUUUUAUAAUAUCCGGGUGCAUAUUUCCUUGAUUUUAUAUUGUGUAUCAUUGUGAGAACAGGUUUAUCACAUGAUAACAGGACAAUUUAUUUACACAUGCUGAUAAUUGAAUACGAAAUUAUGCUAUGAAACAAUACCGAACAAUGUCUGUUGGUGGUAAUUGAGUG